AGAAGAUCAGAAAUCCAGAGCGAAUGGUCCGGAUCGCUGUUGGUUACACAGGACACACCCCUCCCAAGACUGACGACACUGACGCCAACAGAGAUUGCUGCAUAUCUCAUCACCUUUGACAAACAUGAGGAAUGGCUGACAACAUCGCCGAAAACCAGGCCUCAGAAUGGCUCCAUGAUCCUCUACAACCGGAAGAAGGUGAAGUACAGAAAAGAUGGAUAUUGCUGGAAGAAAAGGAAAGAUGGGAAGACCACCCGAGAAGAUCACAUGAAGCUCAAAGUCCAGGGAGUAGAGUGUCUGUAUGGCUGCUACGUCCACUCCUCCAUCAUCCCCACCUUCCAUCGUAGAUGCUAUUGGCUGCUGCAGAACCCCGACAUUGUACUGGUGCACUACCUGAAUGUACCGGCGGUGGACGAUAGUGGGAAACCAUGUGGUCCCGUCCUCUGCUCCAUCAACACAGACAGAAAAGAAUGGGCCAAGUGGAGCAAAGAGGAGCUCAUUGGACAACUCAAACCCAUGUGUGCUGGAAGCAGCCUACAUCAGAAAUGUUCCAGUGUGAAACAGCGCAUCAUCUCAUCGAAGCAAGAGUCAGGGGCAGCUGUGGGAGGGGGAGCAACAGUCGGUUCCGGUGUAGCAGCAGGCCAGAGAGCUGAGGAAGCAGAUGGCACAGAAGUCCAGAACAGCGAUGUGUCAGAAGGCCAGACAGAGACCAGUUCUGGAGGGGGCAGGAGCAGAGCAGGCGAGAGGCGAAACGGCAGGAUAACCAAACCCUCCCUCCUCCCACAGAGCAGCAUGGAGGUGUCUUCCUCCACCUCCACCAAUCAGGUGGAGGUCCCCGAUACCACCCAGAGCUCCCCCUUGUCAAUCACUAGUGACAUAGCUGAUAGCCCUGCUCUUUCCAUUGGGGCUAGUUUGUCACAGAGCACAGCUGUGUUCAUGUCUGAGGUCACCACACUGACAGGGGAUUCGGUUUACUCUGCUGGCCACACCCACCUGCUGGCAUCUACACAUGAGAGCACCACUGCUGGCAUUUUGCUGGCUGUUGCCCCUGAAAACCAGAGGUUUGCAUCAUUCCCCGGAGGAGUGGGAUUAGGAGAAGGAGGCGAGUUGGUUCUUUCCAGUUCUCUAGACUCUGGUGGAGGAGUGAGCCUUCCAGAGACCACCAUGAACUUUGACCCUGAUUGCUUCCUCAACAAUCCCAAACAGGGCCAAACGUAUGGGGGAGGGGGAAACAAGACUGAGGGAUGUAAUGGGGAUGAUGGAGGACUCCACUGUUCCUCUAAUGGCUUUGUCUACAAUCCAGCGAUUGUCAACAACAUCAAGACUGAAUCUAUACCCUUGGAGCAGCCACUGGCCACUCAGAAUAGCUACGUGGGUGAGGGGACAGGCCUCAGUCCCAGCACCACACUGGAGCAGAUGGACUUCAGUGCUGUGAUGUCAUCAGCUUGUGUCCCAAGUCUGGCCCAACCUGCGCACCAUCCCUCCCCUAGCCUCUUUCUCCAGGCAUCCCCCCGAACAAGCCAAACUUCACAGCUGCAGACCAAUGGUACUGAGGCAACCCAGGAAUCAGGCGAAGCUCAAGCUUACAUAAGCCUACCCACAGUGCCGACAAGUUCUCCAGUCACCAAUGGAGACCCCCAUACACAUCUCCAUCAAACCAGUCCGGACCAGCAAGCCUUGUGUGCACGAAAUGGACAAGGAGCAGCAGUGGGCUCCUUUCCUUUGACGCCACAAGAUUCUGCUGUUGACCAAUCUGGUAGCAAUGGUCAUCGAGAGGUUGGUGGCGCAGAAAAGGGAACUGAGAAUGGAGGGGAGUUAAUUCUCAAGCCUGGGGAUCCUCAUGAGUCCUAUUCGAAUGUUGAGACUGAACAUUUCCUGCAACCCGCUGAUGACAAUGAAGGAGUAGAAGGUGUAGUGGGAGGAAGAGCUGCAGGAGCAGGUGAUAAUGAGAUUCUCUGCAAUGGCGUUACCUUGUCAGGGGGCAGCAGCUCAGUGGGGACAAGUCCACAGUCAGUUGCUGCUGGUGCAAGCAUUGAGGGGGCACUCUACAGUUCUGCUCUUCCACAGCAAGGCGGGGGUGUAUCAGGUACAACGGGUGAGACAGGAGCAGCCAUUAGUCUGGAAGGUUUUGAGGCUUCAUUUGGAAGCCAGUUCUCUGACCUCAUCAAUGAUUUCAUCUCAGUAGAGGGGUCUGGAGGGGGGGUGGGGGCAGCUGUUACUGGGGUUCUGAUGCCUCAGGAGGGGGCAGCAGGAGAUGAACAAGGCACGGGAGCAGGUCAUAUGCAAAGCUCUGAGGUGGAGCAGGGAGGUCUUGGACUGCUCCAGGAGACUGGGAGGCUGUUUGGUGUCACAGACUACUCCCCAGAGUGGUCCUAUCCAGAGGGGGGAGUGAAGGUGCUGAUCACAGGUCCGUGGUUGGAGUCGAGCAGUGAGUACAGCUGUCUCUUUGACCACAUCAGUGUUCCUGCUGCCCUCAUCCAGCCUGGAGUGCUGCGCUGCUAUUGUCCAGCCCAUGACACAGGACUAGUGAUGCUUCAGGUAGCAAUGGGUGGUGAGGUUAUCUCUUCUUCUGUGGUGUUUGAGUACAAGGCACGUGAUCUACCUGCACUUCCCUCUUCUCAGCAUGACUGGCUGUCCCUCGAUGAUACUCAAUUCAGGAUGUCCAUCUUGGAGCGUUUGGAGCAGAUGGAGCAAAGGAUGGCUGAGAUAACCAAUCAAAAUCCCAGUUCAGAAACCAUAGCAACCAAGGGUGGAGGAGUAGAGGGUGGAGGAGCCAAUGAUCAUCACUCUCAACUUUCACCAGAUCAUGGUUCAUUUGAGGGCCGUGUGGUGGUGGUAUGUGAGAAGAUGAUGUCUCAGCCAUGCUGGGCUUCUUCUAACCAGCUUGUCCAUAGUAAGAACUCUCGAGGAAUGACCUUGCUGCAUCUGGCUGCAGCUCAGGGUUAUGCAGGCCUUAUUCAGACACUCAUUCGCUGGCGCACUAAACAUUCCGACAGUAUUGACCUGGAGCUGGAGGUGGAUCCUCUCAAUGUUGACCACUUUUCCUGCACUCCUCUGAUGUGGGCAUGUGCUCUGGGUCACACUGAAGCAGCAUUGGUGCUUUACCAGUGGGAUCCUAGAGCACUGGCUAUUCCUGACUCGCUGGGGCGCUUGCCACUCAACAUCGCCCGAUCCCGUGGCCACACUCGAUUGGCUGAGCUCUUAGAGCAGCUGCAACAGACUCUUCAAGCUCAGAGCCAGCCUGCUGAUACUUGGAUGGACAGAUGGAGAGGAGAGUCACAAACCAGUGGAAUAUGCAACAGCCCAACAACCAGUCCUAAAUCAGACUUAAGGAGAGCCAGAACAGAAAGACAGACAGACAGCCAGAAUCAGAACUGGAGCCAGACAGGACCCACAGCUCCACAAGGAAUCCAGGGGGAACCAGGAGGUCCACCUCCAGCCAAGAGACUGAAAUCCACUCCAGAUACACAGAAACAGUUAUCUAAUUCAACAUCUGGCACCAAUAGCCUCAACUCACUCCUCAACUCUUCCAUGAGUCCUAAAGCUCAGCAUUCUGUCCUACCUAACACCCUACAGAGUCAACCCUUCAACCUCAGCUGUCAGACCUCACCUCCUGUCAGCUCCAGCCCAAAUAGCCUUCAAUCCUCAAGCACCCCAUUCUCACGCCUGCAGGCCAGGAUAGGAGGGUCAGGAGGGGACACCAGGUGGAGUCUCAGGCAGACUCUGGGGCAAUGUAGCGUAGCCAGGAGGAUACUAGGAAAGGAACGACUGGCCAUUCAUCUGCGCCAAAGAGUGCUGUCUGACAGAGGAGGGGAAACACAGCUACUGACCUAUCAGGAUAAUGCAGAGGACUUACAGGUGGACAUAACAAUGCUUGCUGACCACAUCAUGGAUGCUUCAACUGGUAGACUUAAGCAGGAGGGCACAGUUACUAUGGAGACUGAACCAGAGCCAGCAAAAGCAGAGAACAACAGUGAUGUCAGGUUUCUGUCUGGUUACCUUAGUGAGGUGGAGAGGUUUCUAUACUCCAAGCCCCAAACAACUAGUCCCAAGCCAAGCUCCUUCUCAGGGCCUGAAGAUCAGCAGAGCCCUCAACCCAAGCAAGGCCUAUCCUCCCUGUUUGACUGGAGCGCCAUCCUCUCUGCAGCUAUGAGGGAGGAGAGGUUGAAAACUGACUCCUCCUGUCUAGCCAUGACUGAGGCAGAACAGGCAGAGCUGUAUGAGACCAUCAGGCACGCUCUACACAGCCUCAGAAAACACAAGGGUCCCAUUCAGGAACAACGCAAAGAGAUUGCAGCAGUGAUUCAUCGCUGCUAUAAGAGAUAUAAACAGUAUGCACUUUAUAAGAGGAUGACCCUGGCAGCUAUCCUGAUCCAGAGUCGUUUCCGGAGUUUCCAUGAGCAGAGGAAGUUCCAGCAGAGUCGUAGAGCAGCGGUCCUCAUCCAGCAAUACUACCGCAACUACAGACACUCUCUCAGCAGCCUCCUCACUAAGAAACAGAACCAGGCUGCUCGCAAAAUUCUGAGGUUUUUGCUCCGUUGCCGCCACAGGGCCAGAGAGCAGAGAACGGCCAGGGGUCCUGAGAGCCCACCGCCAGGCCCCACACAUAGACCCCUCAGCCUGUGAGCAAUUUAUACACCCUACCCCCACCCAUCUUCCCCUUUUUCAUUUUCCUUUCUUCUACCCACCCCAGGUUCCUUCCUUUUCCAUCCCUCACUCUUUCUCACACAUUUUCCCUUCCUUUCCCCCACUUUCUCUCUCUCAACCCCUCUCCCCUCUUCUCCCAAGAGGGAAAGACUCUUCCCAGACAGACUGAGGACAGGAUAGGUGUCCAUCAUGGCAGCUCAGACAGACAGACUGCUGGGUAGAGCCCAGGGACCUGGCUCUGCCCACAGCACUGAUCCUCCUCCGCAGUUUCACUGGGAGGCCAUCGCAUUAACCUCAUGGCAUUCUUUGCACUCUUCAUGGGUAUGUUUCUUUGCAAGAACAAGUCUACAAGUCCGACGAGAGAAGAAGCACCUAAAGAAGAAGACAUCUUGCCAUUCGUGGCGAAAGGCACUCGUGAUAAAGAAAUAACAUCAGGCUACUUUGAUGUGUUGAGUUUUUACAAAGCCUGUUGUGUUUUGUAUCUAAACCGUAAUCCAUGAAAGAAUAAGAAAACAGAAACCAAAAAACUCACUUCUAUGUUGCAUUUGCAUGCAAGGUUUUUUCGCUUAAUCCUCCUCACCAUCAUUCUGAAGAGCUGUAGUGGCAAAACAUUCUGCUGAUUCGGUGUGUCACAAUAUCACCAACGACUAUGACUCACAGGCUUACAAACCUAUUAAUCAGUCAGGGGAGGAAAUGCACUUGAAUGUAUGAGGGACAUUGUUAGAUAAGGGUUGGGGUCUGAAAAACGAUGUCUUAAUUUGUUACAUGGACUUUGUAUGGAGUUGUUCUCAGAGGCAGCACUUUGCUAGCCCGAUGUGGUGUGUCCGUGUUUGUUCAAUUCAAUGCAUGUGUUUGAGCUAUGAGCUCCUGCAUGCUUGCCAAACUGCUUUAGUGUUGUUUCUUUUUGUACUUCUGUGUAGUUGUGUCUCACUUACAUCCUCAUCAACUUAUCCUUGCCCUGUGUAAUGUGAACUGUGUAAGGAAAAAUGACUUAUUUUGGGUGCUUUUUUAAACUUUAUUUUAUUUACUUGAGGGUCUGGUUAUUUUUAUUUAAGGGUCUGAUUAUUUAUUUAAUUGGCUCAAGAGUGGUUUAGCUUGAGAGUGGUCUCCCCUAUUGUGUGGUAAAAUCUGAUCUGUUCCAAUGGUUAACUGUCUCUGUUAGUUUGUUCUUUGCGCGAACCUCUAAAUCCUAACUGUGGUUUUGAGGAGAGAGUCACAUACUAUUGCCUUGACUUCUUGUCUGUGAGAGGUCUCUAUGCUUGCUCUGUACAGGACAUUGGUGUUACACCUGCCCCUAUACAGGGCUUUGGUCCCCAUAUUGGCCCAUAUGGGCAAUCAAAUCCAUAUUUUGGACUAUUGCAUAUUUCUGUAUAUAAAAUGACGAGGUAAGGGGAUAUGAGGACCCUGAAACUUUUUCAUAAGAGGACUGUAUUUAAGAUUAGAAACUAUUUUACUCCCAUAAUGAGAACUUAAGACAGAGAACUGGGUGCGCAGGAUGGCUGUAUCGUUUGUAAAUAAUGUAGAUAAUACAAAACAGAGUAAUGUGCAUGAGAUUUAAGACAAAGAAAUAACAAAAAGAAUAUGUUAGUGGCUACAGACUGUGAGGGGAUUUUAAAUGCUUCACUUUAGGAGUUUCCAGUAUAAGUGUUACUGAAAAGAACAUUUUGUUAAAGCAUGCAACUGAAAAAUCUAAUGUUAGAAAUAUAAAUGGGAAAACAAUGAUAGCUGAAACAAUGAUCUUUCUGACAAAACAUUUACACAUUGUGCUUCUGUUUCUUGGCUAGCAAAAAUUAAACCCUUUUUGCCAGUAGUGCCAAUUAUUAUGAAUGCUAUUUUGCCUACCAGUAUGUUAUGUUGGGAAAGCCAACAGUGAAAAGAUAUGAGUAUGAUCCACAGAGGUAACACACCAUUAUCAGUAGAACAGACCUAGUAAUAGCUCAACCAUAGACCACGUAAAAGUUACAAAGUUUGUCAAAAGCAGACUUAUAGACUUAUAGAUUAUGAAGAUGGUGCAAUUAUGAAAAUGGUUUCAGUGGUAAUGAAGAUGAUGAUCAUUUUAAUGUGAAUGCAAUGACUGAUAAAAAAAAAAAAAAAAAAAAAACAAGAGGGUGCUACAUUCUUAACAAUGUGGUUGUGCUUCAGCAACAUACUAGCUUUUAUUAAGACCAUUAUCACACCUACAGCAAAUCCAGCCUGGCCUUGUGUCAACGCUUUCCAUUUUCCAACAGAAUGUUUCCUCCCCCCUUUUUAAAAUCGUAUUUGUUACAUUUUCUUUUUCUUCAUGUCACUGCCAUUAUUAUGACCUGUUCUUUACAAUUCUUUAGGAAGUGCCUGCUCACGAACAGAGAAGUGCAAACUAAUGUCAGGAAAUAUAUAUUGUAUGCCCAUGGGGGAGAAAAAAAAUUGCAGUUGUCUUGUUCAUUUUCCUAAAUUGUGUGUUAAAUUCUUGACAGUGUUAAAUCUGAUGAUUCAAACCUGUAUUGUGUCAGAGGUGAAUGAUUGGUCAUGGUCUGAUGAUGCAACAUGUUACUUUAUAAGACAAAACAGUAAUUAAAGUAUUGCUUCAUGCCCCACUUUUGCAUGCACUUUACAGUAUUGGAAGAAAACACUACAGUGUUUCGCUGCGUAUGAACGUCACAGUCAUGUACAUGUCUGUUUCAAGUUCCAACGUUGCUGCAGGGAGUAAGAUGUGUUUGUUUUUGGUUUUUGCUUGGACUUUGUCUUGCCUCGAUAAUAAUAAUAGUAAUAAUAAUAAUAAUAAUAUUAAAUAAACACAAAAAAAUCCUAACGUGAAUCCGAGCAGUUUUCCAGAGGACAAACUAACAUACACAUCUUCUUUGUCUUUCAUGCUCAACACAAAGGUGCACGACAACAUAAAAGCCACACUCCUCCUCUCUGUGCUUAUGUCUUUGGGAAAAAUUAAAUCUCUCCCUUAGAUUUUACUCAGGGUUAUAGAGCAGGGAGCUGGUGUGUGGAGUGUGUAAUGAUACACUGACACAGAGAGUUGUAUACCAACUGGUGUCUCUACAUUUCUGUAUGUAUGUACACAUAUAUUUGUAUAUUAGAGAUACUCCAAUUGGUCAUUCAGCAAUUAGUAUUUGCAAAUUUUAAAAUGAUAUUGUUGAUUGAACCUGUCCAACCGACAGGCCAAGUCACAUUCGUGAAGCAGCUAAUGUGACCUGUUUUAAUGCAUCCACUUUUUGUACAAAGAAAAAGCUCCCUUAUUUCAUGCAAUGUUACUCACAUAUAAAUGAAAUGUAAUGCAAGUAAUGAGUAUUAUUUUUAUACCAUUGCUCUUGUCUUAAAACGCACAAGAUUGUUAAUUGUUAAGGGUGAUGCAAAAAUUAGCAGCAGACAUGCAUCAUCUGGAUUUUCUCGAUUUUAAAAAGUUGUAAGUGACAGUAAGGUAAGAUUUCUAUUAUCUGUGUUUCUCGUGUUUUCUGAAUUUUCAUCAUGCUGAGAGACAGCCACGGUUAGGACAGAGCUGUAAGGAGCAUUCAUGCUACUGAAUCACUUUUACCUCCUCUUACAACUGCCCCUCCUCUCACAUCAGCACGACUGUCACAAAGAAAUUUGGGCAUGACUUUGAACUGCUUUACACAUUGCACAUAUACACACCCAAAUGCUUGUGCAUACCAACACACAAACUAGAUGUAAAUACAUGCAGACAAAAUAAUCCAUCAAAAUAGUCAAGUGUUGGAGAGGAUGGUGAUUGUAAAAAGAGUAUGUAGAGCAGAAAAAGUAAAAAAUAAUAUUUAGAAAUAUUGCAAUAGUAGACAGCUGGUAGACAUACGCAGAGAAGGCCUCUCUUCUUACAAGUAGAAAUGAACGGUUUAAUCUUUCAGGCCUUGUUGUAAGAUGGUGUGGCCAAACACCGCAUUGCAUGCUAGAAUGGUAGACUUAUAAAUAACCUACGGCUAGACCUCUUCUUGCCUUCCUCUUCUUUCACUCCAUCUUCCUUCUCUCUCAUUACCUGCUGUGUUCCCCUCUGCUUGCUGUUGGGUUCUCCAUGCCUAUCUGUCUUUCAUUCCUCUUUUUUGUAACCUAUAUUUUUUUUUCCUUUUUGUUUGUUUGGUUUAACAAUUGUGCAUGCACAAGCAUCACUAAGUUGUUGAUGUUUUUAAAAGAAUAUUUUGUUGCUGAGGCCAUGCAAAGUGUUUUGAAUAUUGCCCUUAUAUGUGGAAAAUGUCUUCUGAAUGCUUUACAUAAUUUCUGCUGUAAAAUGAAAUCAGAAUAAAAAGAAAAUUUGCACUUUA